UCUGCCUUUCGCCGGCCACGAAGGUAAUAGUGAAUGGCUUGACAGCCCAUUAUAGUGUGAGGGAUCCGCGCAGCCGUAAUUGCGCAACGAUGGCAGACUCGGCGUCCCUGGAGGACACGCUGCCCGAGGAGGAGAGGGAGUUUCAGAAGGUUAUUGCUUUGAUCGGAGGUAAAGAGAGGAUCUAUUUGGUCAGUGAUGCCUGUAAAAGUAAAGACGUGGCUGAGGAUGACGCCGGAAUACUGCAGGAGUUCCUACGUGACAUGUUUCACAUCAACAGCCUUCCCAACAGCAAUGGACAACCCUGUUCGCCUCCUUCAAAUAGCCACGACGACUCUCCAAGUGGAAACCACGCUUGCCCCAAUACAGAGAGAGUUCAAAUGAAUGAAAUACCACUAACGGUGAGGCCCGAGGAUGUUGAUUUGAAAGCCAGUCCUGUGGGAGAGGACACGGUGAAGGAGACACGGACGGCGCGCAACGGAAACCCUCAGAAAACAGCAACGAGGGGGGCAAACAUUUACAGCCACAAACGAGCGAUAGACUCUCAUGUCAUCAUAUUCAUCUUCAGACAGUCAUUCGUCAGCAAAAUUUCCAAUGAAGUGUACCUGAAAGAGAUUUUGAAGGACGUAAAGGCGCGUACGAAACGUGCCAGAAUUGCUCGACCAGCUCUAGUUGGAUUAAUACACACCAAAUUAGAGAGCGCCGAGGCUCAUCAGUGUGCGCAACUCUUGGAGCGUCUGAUCCGCUCAGUCUUCCACAAACAUUCACCAGAGACAAUAUGGGUUGGCUGUUUCAUCCCGAAGACAGAUGCCCAAACGCUCAGCAUCAAGAAAAAUACCUGCAAAGUUAUAUAUUCAUCUCAAACUGCAGAUAAUACCAGGAAUAGAGGGGAGCCGCUUUUCUGGCCAUUCCAAUGUUUGUCCUGGCCUCAGAGAAGAGAAGAUAGAGGUCAGGCCAACAGCUCUCCAGCCAGCAGGCAAAGAGGUGACAGUGGAAGUGUAGAGGAAGGUAUUCCUCUAAAAGUCAGUUCCUUUACUUCUGGACCUCAUGUGGACAAAGAAUCAGCUGGAAGAGACAGUUGAUGUCAUGGCACAGGACCUGUGGCUGCAGGCAAAUCACUGUAGACAAUACCGUUUUUACUGUGAAGAGAAGAUUUGAGGAGCUCUACUCUACAUGUGAUGGGGUGUCCUCGUGGUGCUCAAUAUUCCCACUGCUGAGCCAAUGUCAUUCAUGUCGUGAACUGAAGGAAUAUGUUGUUAAAUACUGAAAUCUCUGACCAUUUUGCUGGUUUAUACAAUGUAUUUUAUUGUACAACAGGAUUUAUUAUGUACAUGUAAACUAUUGACCAGUUAGUCAUAUGAGCUAUAUCACAUCAAAACACUAAAAUCACUCUUUAUUUUAUUUCGAAAGCUUUAGAUAGAGACUUGUAAUUUAUUACAGGUUGAGAAAAGGCUUGGUUUGAGAGCUAAUAGCACAAGUGCUUCUUUAACAUGAUGCAUAGCCAAGCACAGGGCAGGAUUAUCAACUGAAUGAAAUGGGCCAUGCUCAAGAACUCCAGAAGCCCCAAAAGCCCCAUUUGUGCUAAUUUAAUUGAGGAUUUGUAUGAUAACCACAAUAUCAACUGACAUAUAAUGGGUCAUUCUUUAAUUGCUUAAUAGGUGCCCAGCAGCUAAUUUUUUGCUUCCAGACUAUCCAGCAAGUUAAUCCAGCCAAUCGUGCAAUGUGAAUCUUUUAUUUUUUCACUGUCACUUAUUGAUAUUGUGUGCCUUAGAUGUGCUGUCAACUGCUGCAUUAUGAGCAUUAGGAAUGGAACAGUGUCUUUUUCACUUUUUAUGUAUUUAUGUGGGCCAUUGAAUUGUCCAUUCAAAUAAACAUGUGAUAACACAUUA